AUGGAUUCGUGGAACAGCAGAAAGUUUCAAGGGGCACAGUCUGCCGGUGCCCCCAAGAGUACCGAGGUAACCAUUCAAGUUCCUUCUUCCGGCUCUGCUCUCGCUUCUCCAACUUCUCCACCUUCAAGCACUAGAACCCCAUAUACCAGUGAGUUGUGGUCGGUUUUUUCCCCACAUCCGGAAGUCGAGCAGCAGCCUUCCACUCCCAAGCCUUCAGCUCCAGAGCUGCAGCAGCUUUCAACUUUUUUAAAGUCUUCAGCUCCAGUGAAAAGGAAUAAUUCCCGAUCACCAGAGCAGCUCAAUCUGAUAGCUUUCAGGCUCGCAGUUCUUGAAAAGUUCGCCACUGGCCUCGGGAAACUGGCCUUCGUCUGGGCAACUGUUGUUCUCCUCGGUGGAUUCGUGACCAACAUUCAGGCCAAAGACUUUUGGACGAUAUCGGCCUUGCUGCUGACUGAAGGAACGCGGGUUUUCAGUCGAAGUAGCGAGUUGGAAUGGCAGCAGGCAAAUUACAGCUUGGGAAUUCUCGGCUUCAAAUCGUUCGUGUCCGACAAGAGCGCCAGAUUAUGGGAGAAGUUCUCUGGAGUCUUGGACCAUGACCACUCUGAACAGAACGUUAGCAGAGAUCGACUUUCCAAAAAACCAGUAAAGAAAUAUUUACACCAGGGAUUCGCUGCCAGAAGAACUUCGUCCGCCACCAGGAUCAUCAGCCUUUUCAUGUACUUCCUCCAGCUUGCUUCCGCAACAGUCACCGUAUGUUUCUCAGUAUAUCGACUUGCCGUGCACGACUUCAAUGGCGAAGGAAAAAACACUAAGCAAGCACUUAUGGUGUUUUACGCGAUGAUGCUGGCAGAAACGUCGCUAUUCCUCCUGGAGAGAGCAUAUUGGGAAUUCAAGCUUCGUUACCAGAGGUUGCUGGAAGUAGUCACUCGAACGUGUGAGCUUGAUCAAGACGACAUUGAAACCAUGAAGCAGUACUGGUACACAUUGUACUCACGAUCGCUGAACGGAAGCGUGUUUGAUGGCCUGGGAAUGGACCUUAUCGAUUUCACCGUCGAGAAGCUGCAGUCAAGCAUAAGGGAAGAGCAGCUCGGUAGCGUCAACAUACUGUCAGCUCUUGUCUCAAAAGGAGAUUCAAUGGAAGAAACGCAACGGAGGAUUGGUACCACGCCCGGAGUUGUGGAGAGACUCUUAGAGAUGAUCACCUGGAAGGAUCCUAGUGAGGCCGAAAUCAGGAAAGCUGCAACGAUAGUAAUCAAGCACCUGGUUCGUCACAGCCAUAACUGCUUCAGGAUUUCCGCUAUCCCUGGAUCCCUGGAGGCCAUCACUUCUCUUUUAGCCGCAAGAGAGGAGGAAGUGCUAGAAGAAAAGAGCUACAGACUCACUAUCCUCAACGGGCUAGCCGUGGACCACAGGAUAUGCGUGCGAAUCGCGUGCGAGGAGAUUCUGGACGGUCUCUGCGAAAGAAGAUGGUGUCGGUAG